AUGGAUAGGUCAAAGGCCAGGCCUCUCGAGCCUUUGGAGUUGAAAGCCCGCCCUUUGGCUUUCCACGCCAUAGCUUGGUCAUGCGAUGCCGAACUAGCCGUCGCAACGGGUGACACGAUUCACAUUUUUCUGCCUGAAUACCCUCGGGCGGGCAACAAUCCCGACGACCCUGCUGACGACGACUUCCUCCAACCCCAGUUCUCCCUCACGCUCACAGCUUGCGGCAUCGUCCGCCCGGACCCAGCUAUCAACGGCCCAUUAUGCGCCUUUGCCGGCGUGAUCCUGCCUACUUCCAGCUCCGUGGAGCCCCUCGUAUUCAAAGGCGUCGGAAACGCGGAAGCGACAAAAGCUGGUUCAGCCUUGGGGCAGACUAUGCGUGUCGAAUGGUCUCCCAAUGGCCUGGGGCAAAACCUGCGGCCCAUCUUGACCGUAAUGACCACCUCGGGGAGUAUCGUUGCGUUGGGCGAGUACAUUGAUCAGAAAAGAGCAAUGUCCUCGAGGUCUCGAACGAGGACAUUCAGAAAUUGGAAACUCCUUUGGGGCCUGGGUGCAAAUUUGCCCAUUCCUGAUGGUGAGAGCAAGAGUGGAUUUAGGAAUAUGAAUGAACGGAUUGUGUCAUUUUCCUGGGCUGAGGAAAUUGCCCCGGGAAUGGGCUUGUUGGCAUACUUGAAUGACGCCCAGGAAGUUGUUAUUAUGGGGAUACAAUUCUUGUACAAGUCUCCCGAGUCGGAUGAGUCUUCUUCUGAGGUGGCAGGAUGGGAGAUAUUUGAGAUUGAUCGAUUCGACGGAAGAGGACCUCAUGAUGCUACCGAAGCAGCAGAUCCGGAAUUCGUCCCUACAGGAGGUCCCUUUUCCUUGAAGUGGAGUCCAUGGCAUAUCACAAUCGACUACCGUACAGCAACUAUAGCCUACUUGGGGAAAAACCACAUUGGAUUUCGGCGAGUCACUAUUCAGGGACGCUGGCAUCGAGGCCAAGACCCGAGUAUCCGUGUUGAGGAAGCCGACACCACGUCGAUAUGCAUCUUUCUAUCUGCGGAUGCGUUUGUGAAGUGGGAAGACACGGUAUUCCUUUGUUCCAGGGGCUUGGCAGGAAUAGAAGCUGACAUUUGGCAGAUCUGGCAAGAUGACAAUGGCCAAAUGGCCCGCGGUAUAAUAGCCACGCCGUUCGUCGUCAAACCCUUCCAAGUUGAUCUCUGCGCAAAUCCAGGUCCCCGUCUUGCACGUCACUCACCUCGAGAUUGCUCAACUUCAUACCCCCAGCCUGACGAAAUUUCUACAAAUCCCAUAACAGGCCUCAUCAUCCACCACCCCGAUCCAUCCAUGAAACCCCCCGAGCCGCUGUACACCCUCAUCCGCCUCUCUGCCACGCCCACCAACCAAGACUGGUACCAGACUAACCUCCCUCCCACAACCCCUUUCCCCCAAUGGGCCGAAUACAUUCAACGGUCCGUCACCCGCCAAGUAUCCCGCGUCGAAGCCCUCGGCGGCAUCGAUUCCGAAUCGGACACCGACUCUGAAUUCGACGAACCCGAAGUCCACGAAAUGACCCCCGUCUCGGAAGAAGCCCAAGCCGUCUCAUCAAAAGUCCAUCCUCAUCGCUUCCGGCUUUGGGGCCUAGCCGCCUCCCCCGGAGAUGGAUCCAUUGCGGCCCUGGUAUCGAAGCACGUCACUCAACACGCCGAGAGACGGCCACGGUCAACAGUCUUGUUUUCAUGGGAUGCUGGUGAGCGUACAGACUCAACGGUGCCCCAUGUACCGAAGUUGACCACGGAAGGGACCAUAUGGGAAGCCAUGUAUGGCAGGAUACUAGAUAUGCCGAGUUUCCUGUCAGGGACAACAGAUAGGUCGUUGGUUCACGAAACGUCGCUAAGGAAGAUGUUUAAGGGUGUGAUUCCAAAGCAAAAGUGCGUCUUUUGCGAGACGGGCUUGGUCAUGUUUGGAAUAGAGUCGAUUUGCGAAAAGGGCCAUUCUUUCGCCACGUGCACUGCUACAGGACUUGCAAUCAUGGCUCCAGGCGUGUCCAGGGUGUGCUCAGUAUGCGAUUUGCGAUGUCUCAACUUAUCCGAGCUGUCCCGGAUUGCGAAGGAGCAUUUGGGACCAGAUGCAGUAGUCGAAUCGGCGGGAGAGGUUUGCGGCGGAUGUGGAGGAAAGUUCUUAUUUUGA